AUGGGGAGAGAAGACCAGAAACCAUCUCUGAAUUCUCCAUUGAUUGAAAUCUCUGAAGAAACCUAUCAGGGUUUCAGCAGAGACAGAAACAAUGGAACUUGCACCGAAAAGAAGGUUAUUUCUGAAGAAGUGAAGAAGCAGCUAUGGCUAGCAGGGCCUUUGAUCUCUGUUAGCUUGUUACAGUAUUGUUUGCAGAUGAUAUCUGUGAUGUUUGUGGGUCACCUUGGCAAGUUGCCACUCUCUGGUGCUUCCAUGGCCACAUCUUUUGCAUCUGUAACUGGUUUCAGCUUGUUGAUGGGAAUGGCAAGUGCAUUAGAGACGCAAUGUGGACAGUCAUAUGGAGCAAAGCAGUAUUCUAUGCUUGGAAUACACAUGCAGAUAGCCAUGUUUGUUCUUUUACUUGUUAGCAUUCCACUGUCUUUUAUUUGGGCAAACACAAGAUCCAUUCUUAUUGCUGCGCAUCAAGAUGUUAAUAUAUCAGAAGAAGCAGGAUUAUAUGCUCGUUUCAUGAUCCCUAGCCUUUUCGCAUAUGCUAUUCUUCAGUGCCUUGUACGAUUCUUGCAAACGCAGAAUAUUGUAUUUCCAAUGAUGCUAAGCUCUGGAAUUACUACUUUGUUACACAUACUUGUAUGUUGGAUUCUGGUUUUCAAGUCUGGUCUUGGAAGUAGAGGAGCUGCCUUGGCAAAUUCAAUCUCCUACUGGAUAAAUGUGAUACUUUUGGCAAUUUAUGUCAAAUUUUCUCCUUCAUGCUCGAAAACUUGGACAGGUUUUUCGAUGGAGGCCUUGCACAAUAUUCUCAAUUUUAUUAGACUUGCUAUUCCUUCAGCUGUUAUGGUCUGCUUGGAGAUGUGGUCAUUCGAAAUGAUGGUUCUCCUCUCUGGUCUUCUUCCUAAUCCAGAAUUAGAAACUUCAGUGCUUUCCAUAAGCCUUAAUAUAGCUGGAACAGUUUGGAUGAUCCCCUUCGGACUUAGUGGUGCUGUGAGCACUCGGGUCUCCAAUGAAUUAGGAGCAGGAAAUGCAGAAGGUGCACGUUUAGCAGUACGUGUUGUCCUAGUUGUGGCCAUUACUGUGGGCAUUUUGGUUGGAUCAGUCUUGCUUUUGAUACGCAACAUCUGGGGUUAUGCUUAUAGCAAUGAAAUAGAAGUGGUUAAAUAUGUGUCCUCCAUGAUGCCUAUUCUUGCAGUGUCAAACUUUUUAGAUGGACUGCAGUGUGUUCUUUCAGGCAAUGCUAGAGGAUGUGGAUGGCAGAAUAUUGGUGCAUAUGUUAAUCUUGGAUCAUAUUACUUGGUGGGGAUUCCUUCUGCUGUUUUGCUAGCCUUCGUUCUCCACAUAGGCGGCAAGGGGCUUUGGCUAGGUAUUAUAUGUGCCCUCAUUGUGCAAGUGUCGUCUCUUUUAAUUAUUACUAUUCGCACUAACUGGGAGCAAGAGGCCAAAAAAGCUACAGAGAGAGUCUAUGACUCUGUAAUCCCUGUUAAUACAGUGUCCUAAAGCUGAUUUGUCAACAAGAGUUGAUUAAUGAAAGGUGGAAAUUUAGAAUAAUAAUGUGUUAAUAUUGUAUUAGGUAACAGACUAACAGCAUGAUUUGGCACAAAUGGGUGCUUUGUUGAGCCUGCCUAUUAAGUUUUCUUAUAUAGCGUUUUCCUCAAAUGUAAGUAUCUGAAUCAUCUUCUAAUGGCUCAGAGAAAAACUGGUUUUGGUUAAUGAUGUAAAUUAAUACCUCGUUCUCUUAAUUUUUCAUAAC